GGGUAUGCGCAGGCGCGGUGGAGAGUAAUACAGUAAUGUGUGCAGCUGUGUGUUUUGUAGCUCUGUCCUCUCUGCAACAUGAGGAAGAUAUUAGCUGUUCUGGCGGUAACGGUAACCGUGUUUUCUGUCGAGGGGCUCCGUGGCUUGCCGUCCGGUUACUGUGAGUCAGGAAAACAUCAUGGAUCCAAGACAGAACCCCAGUUCAAAGAGAAGUAUUUCACUCAGACUAUGGACCACUUCAACUUUAACAGCAUGGGGAACGGGACAUUCAGUCAGCGAUACCUGAUCACAGAUGAGUACUGGAAGAAAGGUUAUGGUCCUAUUUUCUUCUACACCGGCAAUGAGGGAAACAUUCUGGAGUUUGCGCUCAACUCUGGUUUCAUCACAGAGUUAGCUGCUCAGCAGAGAGCCUUGGUCAUAUUUGCUGAACAUAGGUACUAUGGCAAAUCUCUGCCGUUUGGCAAAGACUCCUUCAACAUCCCUCAGAUCGGCCUGCUGACGGUGGAGCAGGCCCUCGCUGACUACGCUGUCAUGAUCACUGAGCUGAAACAGCAGCUGGCAGCCACUGACUGUCCCGUCAUCGUGUUUGGUGGCAGUUAUGGUGGAAUGCUGUCGGUCUAUAUGAGACUCAAGUAUCCAAACAUUGUGGCUGGAGCUCUGGCUGCCAGCGCCCCCAUACUGUCCACUGCUGGUCUGGGAGACUCCAGGCAGUUUUUCAGAGAUGUUACAGCUGAUUUUGAGAAUGUUGCCCCUGAAUGCAGAGAUGCAGUAAGAGGAGCUUUCCACCAGCUGAAAGAAUUAGCUGAACGGGAAGAUUAUAGCUGCAUCCAGUCAGAGUUCUCCCUGUGUAAGCCACCAUCAUCUGCUCAGGAUAUCCACCAGCUGAACGGCCUGCUGAGGAACGCCUUCACUCUGAUGGCCAUGCUGGAUUACCCCUACAGCACUCACUUCAUGGGCAACAUGCCUGCCAACCCCGUAAAGGUGGCCUGUGAAACCAUGCUGAGUGGAUCGGACCUGCUCACUAACCUCAGGAACACAGCAGGGAUCGUGUACAACUCUACUGGGCUGCUGACUUGUUUUGACCUGUACAAUCUGUAUUUGGAGUGUGCUGAUCCCACCGGCUGCGGACUGGGCUUUGACAGCCUGGCCUGGGACUACCAGGCGUGCACAGAGAUCGAUCUGUGCUAUGAGAGCAACAAUGUGACAGACAUGUUUCCUCCCAUGCCCUUCACUGAGAAAGACCGCGAGCUUUACUGCUCCAAGCGCUGGGCUGUGGUUCCACGACCAGACUGGCUCAAAAUCCAGUUCUGGGGAGACGCCCUCUCCACAGCCAGCAACAUCAUUUUCUCCAAUGGAGAUCUGGACCCAUGGGCAAAUGGAGGGGUGCGCAAGUCCUUGAGCUCAUCACUGAUAGCGAUCAACAUUUCUGGAGGAGCCCAUCACCUGGACCUGAGAGGAUCUAAUGAUGCUGAUCCAGUGUCAGUAGUCAGGGCCAGGAAGACAGAAGCAGACCUCAUCGCACAGUGGGUGAAGAUGGAGAGGACCAGAUUAAGGCAGUCAUCUUAAAGCACUUUGUUUCAGGACUGGAAAUGCAUAAAUCUAGUUAUUUCCUGUCAGAUCAUAAAUCAAAUAGUUUGACACCACUGUAGCACAAUUCAGGUUCACUUCAAACAAGGGCUGUCACGAUCGAUUUACUCUACACAACAAUAAUUCACAGUAACGACAUUAUUUUGGCAAAUGAAUUACACCGAUCAGCCAUAAGAUUGUGAGCACUGAUUAUCUGGUUAUCAUGGCUCCUGUCAGUGGGUGGGAUAUAUUAGACAGUGAAGGUCGGCCCGUGUGGUCCGAUCCAACAGACGAGCUACUGUAGCUCAAACUGCUGAAACAGUUAAUGCUGGUUCGGACAGAAAGGGGUCAGAACACAGUGCAGAGCAGUUUGUUGGUAUGGGGCUGCAGAACAUUCUGACCACCAGGUGCUAACAAUGUUAUGGCUGAUCGGUGUACUCUCACUGUGUUAAGAUACAUUACUGCCACCUACUAUGUUGGAGUUUGAACCACAAUGUGAGAACAGAAUUUAAAUUAUUUACAAAGUCAUUAUUUAAUUUUAUACCAUGAUUAUCAUCAAUAUCGGUAUAUUGUGACAGCCCUACUUCAAAGUUGUACAGGAAAUAUUGGAGUCGAUAUUGUAUUCCACUCUGCACACCAGCUGUAGUCAGUGGGUAUAGAAUGUGUUUAUCACUUUUCACCUCAAACAGUUUGGCUAAAAAUGGAAAAAGUGCGCUAUAAGGAUUUUUUGAAAGUAUUUAAAAAGCCUUGCAUUGUCCAACCAGCAGAUCAGAAAGAUGUUCCCAUUACAAUCGUGGAAUAUCUGUCCACAGCCGCCAUUUUGAUAGUAGGGUACAUACAGGUGUUACCAGUGAUACAGAUUAAGGUUCAGUUCCACUCAGGUCAAACAGAGUGAGGGUGCUGCUAUUGUGCAUGUUGGCUCACUGUAAAGGCUCUGCUACACUAAAUGGAAUGGAGUCUUAAUUAGCAUCAUUGGUAACACCUGUGUGUACCCUGCUAUUUCAUGUCAAAAUGACAUGAAAUGAUAAAGGUCUAUAAUCUUGGCUCAAGUCAUUUUUGGCAAGUGAAUUGCAAUUCCAGCUCUACGGUGUAGAGCUUUUUAGUAUUGGUACAGUGUGGAUUUGGGUCAAAGGAAUAUUUAAAUAAAAGUAACAAUAGUAUGUCAAAUCAUGUAGAAACACACAGAAUGUGGUGAGGGCCCCAGAAACCAAAACCUCCCACACUUGGCCUUUGGUUAGAAGAGCCAUGGAGUCCAAAUACUAUAGAGUAUUAUUUCAACAGUAUAAUAUAAAAUAGAAAAUUACAUUUACUCACAAUGGUUACUGUACCACUGUUUUCCAAUCCUCACAGACCACUUGUAUGUAUUUGAAUUCUACUGUCUACACUACCCGUCUGCCUCACGCUGCCAGCUAUGCCAUGGCGCUCCUUGCAAGGGCUUCACUGACCUCACUGUAUUCCUAGGACAUCAAAAGCAAAACCAUUUACGUACCACCACCAUCUAGACUUGCUUUGUUUUAUGACUCAAUGAUCAACAAAAAUGUGUUUGUUCAAUAAAAUCUCUUUAAUGUCUACAUUUACAAAAUUAAA